AUGGCAGAAGACUACGUCACAAACAGGCAGCGAGGGGACAAUGGGGCCAGCUCGGUGGUGGACUCCACUAAGGAAAAGAUUGAUUCUGAAGAAAAAAGGGAUGAAAGUUCUAAAUGCUCCUCUAGUAGCUCUGAACUCAUUAUGCUUACUGGUACAGUGAAAAGGAAGCAACGUCGGUAUCGAACAACCUUUAGUAACCAACAACUCGAGGAACUCGAGAGGGCAUUCAGGAAGUCCCACUAUCCAGAUGUUUUCACCAGGUCAAUAUUUUCUGAAUGUGAUACUUAUUUUGGCUCUAGUAUUGUCAUCUAAAUUUAGAAUGAUAGGGGAAUACACAAUGUAUGUUUGGACAUGCCAUCCUUCCAACCAGCUUUUAUGGUCCCGGUUAUUCUCAAAUAUUCAAUAUGGCGGUUGAAACUAAACUGGCGAUUCGCUAAAUCCUGCAUAAUUAGGAUAUUUGAUAUGUUAUCCACUGUUAGGUGCUAAUAUUCAUUUAAAAAUAAGGAUACAAUUUUUUUGUAAGAAAGUAUUAUGACUUCUGGAAUGCUGAGUUCUGAAAUCUGAUUUACACCAAGAAAUAAAUUAAAUUGUUAUGUUUUCCGUAAAUAUUAACAUUUAAAUUAGUAGGUUAAAAAAACACUCCAGCAGUAUAAAGUGUUGUGUUGUAAAUGGCGUUUAGAUCACUCGGCCUCCCCUUUCCUGUAAAUUAAAGCAAUUACUUACUAUUAAUCUCAUGGUUACAAAUGGUAUCCUCUCCACUGUUCAGCUCUAUCUCUAUCAGUUUUUCACUAGUUAUGAUCUCCCAUUCAGCCAGUUUAAUGCUUCUCAUAUAGAAGUAUUUCAAGAGAGGGCACAUGUGCAAAAAUUGCCUUACUGCUCCGGCAGUGCUUCACAUCAUUGAAUCCAGAAUAAGAAAUAAACAUUGAUACCAAAAAUUCUCUAAUAACUACUGGUUCCCUCUUCUUCCAAGAAAGGAUUAGAAAUAUAUGACAGAUGGAAUCAGUUAGAGCCCAAACACAAACUGAUCCCAGAGUUCCACCCCAACCAUGCUUUGACAAAUAGUUUAUGCAGAAAACAAUAUUUUAACACAAGGGGGGUCAAACUAAUUUGUUGAAUUACAUUUCCAGCAUGGUAAUCUAAGCAUUAAAUUCUAUAAAUAUCUAUAGAAACAGUUUUCUUUCGCUCAGCUGACAAAGUAGUGACACGUCUGUCUUUUUUCUUGUACAGAGAGGACCUGGCCAUGCGGUUAGAUCUAACAGAAGCUAGAGUUCAG